AGUGGGCCGAGAUGUUGCGAUUGUAUUUGACGUAAACGUUGAGCAGGGCGCGUGCAUUUAAGAUUUGUGUGCAUGCUAACAGUAAACACAAAUAAUUGUUAUGAUUUAAUAUCUACAUAACACUGUGUAUAUCUUAUGGAUGUCGCACUAUUUAAUACUGUUUAGAUAUUGUUAGGUUGAAUUUUGGUGGUCAUUUUUUGAAAAACCUGUCAUCACUGAAGUAGAAUCUAUCAAUUUCUUCUUCCCAGGGAAAGAAAGAAUUCUGAUAUAGCAGUAAUGCAUUGUAAGAUCAUGUUGACAGUGUGCUUGUUGGUUAAUGUACAAGGACAUAAAGAUCAGCAACUACAAAAAGCUGGUACUCACUGUGGAAAUUUUACUGGUGCUAACCAUGACAACAGUGGGAAUGAAUCAGAGCAUUUCCACUGUACUGCAUGCAUAUAUCCCCAGAAUUGUCUUGCAGACAACCAGUGUAGGGAGGGAACCACUGGUGGUACAUGUGAAAAAUGUGUGACAGGUUACAAUCGUGUUGGCAGUUUGUGUGUUGAGUGUUCUAAUUUCCCUUGGUCAGCUUUAAGUUUUGGAGUAUACCUUUUACUGCUUGUUGGAACAGUAAUGUGUCGGGGAUUCACAGAUCCUGUUUGUACAAAGGUGAAGUUAUUGUGCCACUUCCUUCAAAAUUUGCUUCUAACAUUACACAUCAAGAUUGAUUGGCCAAAGAAUCUACCAUCAGUGUUUAGUAUAGUCAACUUUGGAUUAUUCAACUCAAAUAUUCUUCAACCAGAAUGUUUGUUUGAAAGUUGGCCUACAAUGAGUAUAUACUAUAUAGAGUGGUUGAUAUCUCUGGGUAUUCCAGUUGUUGUUCUUAUACUUGGCAAGUUUCUGGAUACAAGCUUGAAGCAGUCUAAUACCCGCAAUGUUUCUAAAGGUUCCGAAGUGAGUGUAGGACGAUGGGAGAGACGGACUACUGUACGUAGACUGGUUGCCAUGAUCAUAUUUACAAUGUAUAUGCCAGUCACUCUCUCAUGUAUCAGGACAUUUAUGUGCUCAGAUACCAUACCUACGUUGCUUGUUUUGGACCACACCACUAAUAUCUUUCUUCUGGAUAAUGAUGUGUCAUGCAAUGAUUUUAUGUUUCAGACUAUACAUUUCUUUGCUGGUAUAUACCUAGUAUUUAUGGGACUUGUUCUUCCACCAUUGUUGAUUUUCUUCACCUUAAGACAGAAGAAAUGGGAUUUACUUUAUAGCAGAUGGAGGCUGUAUAGUCCAGUGUACGAGUCUUACAAGGACAGAUAUUGUUACUGGGAAGCUAUAUCACUGCGCCGGAAACUUGUUGCCAUCGUUAUUACAGAAGCUUAUCCAUUCAGUGGAUUUAUUCAGAUAGUUACACAGCUGGGAAUGUCUAUAUGUUACUUGCUGGCAAUUAUUGUUCUACGACCAUAUAGGUCAUGCUACUGGGUUCAUCCAAAUUUCAACGUUCACAUCUUUUUUGAGAUUGUUUGUAACCUAGUGUUGUGUUUUGUUCAAGCUGUGGGACUAACUAUCAUACUAGGAUACUAUGAGGAGUCGUUUGAACUGCUAGCUGCUGGUAGUAUCUAUAUCGUCAUGGUGAUAUGGGUUGUAAUGGUGCUAGCUAUGGUCUGUGAAACUACACCAAAUAUAGAUCUCACACAGUUUGAGUCCCCAGAAGCAAGCAGCCAACCUGUGACACAAACAUCAAAGAAGACAAAGUUCAACUUUUGGAGAAAAUCUCGAGUGGAACAGGACCCAAAAUUUGUUGAGACAGUUGAUAAAAAUAUGACUAAAAUUGACUUUUAAUAAUGUGUAGUUUAAAAUGAUUCUACUUGAGGUUUGUUUAUUGUUGAUUGUCAGAAUAAACGAAAUGAAUAUACAGAUUUCAAGGUCUUCACUAGAUAUGCAUGAAUAUCUACAUUAUACCUUUAUAUUUACCCCAAGACAUAUUCAAUUAAAAUGUUUGCCAUUAACCGUAUCUUUAGUUUGAAAUGAAACUGUAGGCAAAGUUCAAUGUUAGUGAAAUUUUAUGCUGAUAAGGAUGGUUUCUGUAACAUUAAAUAUUUUGAUUCUAAUUAUUCAGUAAGAUGUUUAUAUGGCUAAAAGAACUAUUGGCAGAACAAUUGAGUAAGCAUAUAAGUACCUAUUUGUCAUGCACCCAUCUGUCGGUAGACAUUCUGUUUCUGUACUAUAACUUUUGAAGGAUUUCAAUGAUUGUGUUUAUAUUAAGCAUGUAAGUAUAUAAUCAAAACACAGGUUUGAUUUUUGUGUUGCCUGCUACAGAGUAGCUGUGACAUAUAAGGAUCACUUCUCUGUCCAUCUGUCUGUCCGUCAUUCACUAAACUUGACAGGACUACUCCUCAAAAACAACUGGUGCAAUUUCAUCCAAAUUUUACAGGAAUGAUCAGUACCAAGUUUAGCUGUGCAUAUGGUCAGCAGUUUCCUGUUCAAUGAUUUUUUUUCUCCAAGUUAUGGCCCUUUCAUGAUUUUAUUUUUAAAUUUUGUCCAGAACACUUAAUUCAAUUUCAGUGAAUUUUUACAGGAUUGAUCAAUAGCUCAAGUAGUUGUGCAUAUUACACAGGUUGUUUAGGUUGAAUGAUUUUUGGCUGAGUUAUGCGCCUUGAUGCGUUUUUGUGUCCCUGCUUCUCAGUAGCUACAACAUGCAAUUGUCAUCAGAUGACACAUGUGAUUACUGAUCACUCUUGUUUCUGUUAUUAGGUCGUUAAUAAUAGUUAUGCCCCUGUAUAUGCAAAUUUUAUUCGGGAUUAUUGUUUGCCUAGGAUUACAUAGGAUAACGUAACAAUGUCCCAUCACAGUGAAUUUUGAAAGGACAUAAAAACACUUGAACUUAAUUAAGAUUAUAUCAAAUAUAUGAAGAGCAUAAAGUAAGAAAAUAUCUCCUUAAGGAAUAUUAUUUUGCUUAAUUAUAUUGUCCAAAAACUGACUGCUAAAAUGAGAAAAAGUCCUUGCUCAUUGUUGUUGAAUAGCAAGGCUAGCUUACUGCCAAAUGAUAUUCGGCAGCUUCAAAAAAUAUCUUAUUUAUCUUAUUUAUUUUAAUGUUAACAAUUUUCUGUUCUUACGGGAGCAUUAAUACUGAAAAUAAAAUUUGUUUGGUCA